AUGGCCAGGGGCCAGGCGGCCGCGGCCUCGGCUGUGAGCGGUGGGAGGCGGGUGCUGCUGCUGUUGCGACCGCGCGGCGCAGACGGCGCCCUCCCGUCAGCGGCCGCCGCCGCCGCUUCACGUGACCGCAGCGCACCCCCCUCGCCGGUGCGCCGCUGCCUCGGCGACUGGCAAGGCCUUGCCGCGCCGUCAGGCUCGCGGGCGGCCGUUAGUGGCAGCGCGGGAUGGGGCAGGCGCGUUGGCGGGACCGGCGGGGACAGCUGCCGCUGCCGCCGCAACGGGGAGCGGGAUGUAAGCAUCUCUGCAUCAUCCUUGCAAAGCAAAGGGAAUAUUUCCUUACUGGGAAAUAGGAGGCUUUUUUUUGACACUCAUGCACUAGUGUGCCUCUUGGAAGAAAAUGGGUUCACUACUCAGCAAUCAGAGGUCAUUGUGUCUGCAUUGGUGAAAAUUAUGGACAACAACCUGGAUAUGAUUUACAAGGACAUGGUCACCAAAGUACAGCAGGAAAUUGCACUUCAGCAAGUAAUGUCCCAUAUUGGUGGUGUGAAAAAGGACAUGAUUAUUUUGGAAAAAAGUGAAUUUUCAGCACUUCGUUCAGAAAAUGAGAAAAUAAAACUUGAACUCCAGCAGAUAAAGAAGCAAGUCAUGGAUGAAAUUACCAAAGUUCGUGCAGAUAACAAGUUACACUUAAACCUAGAGAAGAGCAGAGUAAAAGAACUGUACUCACUGAAUGAAAGAAAACUACUGGAAAUGAGGACAGAAGUAGUGGAAUUGCAUGCACAGCAAGAUCGAGCACUGACCCAAACAGACAGGAAAAUAGACACAGAAGUUGCAGAUUUGAAAACAAUGCUUGAAUCGCACAAACUUGAUAACAUUAAGUACUUAGCAGGUUCAGUAUUUACAUGCCUUACUGUAGCACUGGGAUUUUAUCGUUUAUGGAUAUAAUAAAAUAUCAAUUUCUACUUCCUGAUUUCUGGGAAAAAAAAACCUGAUCUUUGCCUGGACUUUAACCACAUCUGGACUGUUUUAUUUAUUCUUUUUGUAAAGCAGACUGUAUUAAGAAUGUAACCAAAGAUGUGCCUAGAAACCAACUGCACACAUUGUGUGCAGAUUUUAAAACUUACCUCUGAUGAAAGAAUGAUACAUACAUCUCUGCUGUUUCUCUCCAUUCUGGACUGCAGUACACCUUGCUGCUACAAAAUGCCGUGUAGGCGAAAACUGACAUUCAUACCAGUCAGGAGGCUGAAGGCUGGGGGGUGGAUCUGAAAUCCUGGGAAUCACGUUCCAUUGCCUGUUCAGACAUGCUUGCUGGGGUCAGUGGCAUGUAUCAGACUCAAGUCUUGAUUAUUAAUGUAAAACUGAAACUACACAUUUUAUGGCUUGGAGGCACUCUUGUGUAAGUAGAACUUGUGCUAACUGAAUCACGCUUAUUUCCCUCUAACACUUGUUCAUAGUAACUGUUAUUAAAUAUUUGUUUGGCUGUCUUUAUAACAUUAGACUUACCAGCUUCUUUUCCAGAUGGCAAUCCGGUCAGUCAUGUUCCAUGAAAGAGUACUGUGUAAUGACAGCAGUGGUUGUUGCUAGUUUUGCUUGUAAUAUAUUUGUAGAGAUUUUUGUGACUAACUUGCUUUUGGUACCUCUAAGUAUUUCAUACUCAUUCCAUAUGCUGAUUAACUUUACUGUCACUGGAAAUUUGAAAUGCAGUAAAAUACAUUAGUUGUGUGGAUGUAUAGUUAAGUGAUACAAAGUGUCUCAGGUGCUGCCUUCUUCAUGGAAGGGAAUUGAUGCUUGUAGAAAGAGAUUUUAAAUUGUGGUUAUGAAGCAAGGUCUUAGGUGAGGAAAGUGCACUGCCCACAGUAUUGUGUGUUUUGUUGUUUUAAUUUAAAAAAAAAAGUCUGCUGGCUCUUCAGAUAUAGAACUUCAAUAGUGAUUAUAACAAUAAAGGCAAUAAUGGAGACCUACUUGGAUGUUUAAUCCAGUUCUUAUCAAGCCCAUCUGAACCAGGAGGUACAACUGAAUGCAGUGAAGGAAGGCAUCCAGUGUGUCAUUCUUCCUAUGGCAGGGAGAUUGGAGUAGAUGAUCUCUAAGGUCCCUUCCAACCUAAGCCAUUUUAUGAUUACACUGAUGAAAUGACUGCUUUAGUAGCAGAGCUGCCAUCUGUGUUCCUUCAGUUAAGGGAAAUUUCCCUUUGUUGCUUGCUCCUAGGAGGAGAGAACAGUCGAUGCAGUGGUAAUAAACUUUGUCAGAACACAACCCCAUCUUUGCUUAGUGAAAGUAAAGCUGUUUGGUUCCUUUGUGCCUGUACUGUAAUAAAUGUUUAUUUUUGGUGGUUGGAAGUGCCAACUUUGAAUCAGUUGCAAGCGCAGAGGAAGAAAUGGAUGCCUGUAACAAUACCAUACUGGCCUGAAAUA